CGUGAGAGAGGGGAUGUAAGAUAAAAAAAGAAGAGGGGGGGGGGGUAAGGGCAUCUGAAAAAAAUUUUUAUUGAGUGAAGGAUUUAAAAACGUGGGAGAGGGGAGGUUGUAAGGCAAAAAAAAAGAAGAGAGAGGAGAAGAUUGGUGAAGGGAGGUGUUGUAAGGACGUCGAAAGAAUUUUUUUAUUGAGGGGAGGAUUUAAAAAUUUGGGGGGGUAGGGAGGUUGUAAGAUAAAGAAAAGAAGAGAGAGGAAGAGUGGUGAAUGGAGGUUGUAAGGGCGUCUGAAAAAAUUUUUUUAUAGAGGGAAGAAUUUAAAAAUUUGGGGGAGGGGAGGUUGUAAGAUAAAGAAAAGAAGAGAGAGGAGAAGAGUGGUGAAGGGAGGUUGUAAGGGCGUCUGAAAAAAAAUUUUUUUUGAGGGAAGGAUUUAAAAAUGAAAAAUCCUCUCCCUCCUUCCAUUCAUUUUCCCUCAUUCAUUAAAAAAUUAUUUUUGAAUUCUUACUACUAAAGAGAAAAGAGAAGAGUCGCUUAUAAAAAAUUUCCAAAUGAAAAUAAAAAUAUUUAUUUUCCUUUGGAUAUUGUUUAUAUCCUUUGAUAAUUCAACUGUUUCUACAAGCAAAGUGGAAAAGAUAAAAAUUGAAAAAGGAAAUAAAGAAUUGAAAAAUUUUGAAAAAAAUAAAAGCACCAUAGAAGGGCUUAUUGAAAAAUUUGGAGAUUUGAUAAACGUGGAAAAAAAAGAGAAAAGGGAGGCGGAAAAGCAAGCUGCCGAACUUAGGAAAAAAUGGGAGGAAUUAGGAAUCUCGUUAAAUGGAAAAUUAAAAGAAGGAAAAGUGGAAAAGGAUGAAGAUUUUCAAAAAGCAGUUAAUCAUUUUGGUGAAUUCCAACAGCAAUUUUUAAGUGUUAAAAAAGUAAAAAACAUUUAUUCUCUAAAUGACAAUGUUUACGAUGCUUGGAUUAAAACUGUGGGAGAUCAUUUAACUAGUUUGUUUGAUUUUAUGCCUAUACAUAGUGAUCGAGUUAUAAAAGAAAAUGAUCAAGUGAGUAAAUGGGAGGUGGAUGAUGAUAAUACAUGGAAGAAGAAUUUGUGGGGAAAAGAAACAAUAGAAAAGAUGGAAGAGCUAUUCGAUGACGUUUCAUCUGCGGAAGGUCCAGACUCAAAAAAUCUAAGUUCAAAAGGUCCAUCCAAACUCGACAAACUUGAUGAUUUUAUCGUUUAUUUAAAUCAACAUAUCUGUGGGGAAACAAUGUUGGCAGAAUUAAAAGAUAAAAAGGAACGUUUUGGAGGACUAAUAUUAGCAAAAGGAGAUGAUAAACCGAAAUUCAUUACAAUUGGAACUGAACGGGCACAAGAAGAUUUUACAAUGUCAAGUAAUGCAGCAAUAGAGGGUUUAUUGAAAUUUAGAGAAAACGCUGAUAAAAUUUUGAUAGAAAUUGUUUUGUUAUUAAAAAAUUAUUCUUUUAAUUCUGCGAAGGAUUUUGAGUCCUUAAAAGAAAAUUUUGAAAAAUUGGCAGAAAGGGGGGCAAAUAAAUACUAUGCCGUAGAAAAUGAUUUUGAAAUUUUUAAAAAUGGGCUGAUAAAAAAAUUUGGAGACGAGUUUGGGAUAAUUUUGAAGUGUUAUCAAAUAUUUAAAAGUGUUGGGUUUAAUGAAAAUGCGGGGAAAAAGGAAAGAGAAAAGAAGAAAAAAGAGAUUGAAGGUUUUGAUAAAGGGUUAUAUAAAACCUGUAGAAAUAAAUUUGCUAAAUUACCCGCAGAAUUUGAUAUUAAAAAUAUUAAAAAGUUUGAGAAAAAAGGAUUAGAAACUGAUUUGGAAAAAUUAAAAGAAUUGAGUGAAUAUAGGUUUGUUUAA